CCGGGUGCUGCGGCUGCCGCAGCGCCCGCCGCGGCUCGGGCUCUGGCUCCCCGGCAUUUAAAGGGGACGCGGCGGCGGCCCCGAGGAUGGGGGGCAGGUGGAAGGGACGGAGCAGAAGCACAUCAUCCACAGUCCCUCGGGGCUGGAGGGAUUCGUGAGCCGGAGCUCAGAAAUCCGGGGGUGGAUAAGACCGCGUACCCCCCAAAUCCCGAGCUCUGGAUGACAGCUGGAGACCAACAGUUUCUAAAGGUGGUGGUUAAGAUAAUAUACUGACAAUGAGCGGGUGUUUUCCAGCUGUUGGACUACGAUGCCUAUCUAGGGACGGCAGGAUGGCUGCGCCGGGCGCGCCUCGCUUCCUCCUCACCUUCGACUUCGAUGAGACCAUCGUGGACGAGAACAGCGACGACUCGAUCGUGCGUGCCGCGCCAGGCCAGCAACUGCCCGAGAGCCUGCGUGCCACCUAUCGCGAGGGCUACUACAAUGAGUACAUGCAACGAGUCUUUAAGUACCUGGGUGAGCAGGGUGUACGGCCCCGGGACCUGCGCGCUGUCUACGAGACCAUCCCCCUGUCGCCAGGCAUGGGCGAUUUGUUGCAGUUCAUAGCCAAACAGGGCUCCUGCUUCGAGGUUAUUCUCAUUUCGGAUGCCAACACCUUCGGUGUGGAGAGUGCCCUGCGUGCCGCUGGCCACCACAGUUUAUUCCGCCGCAUCCUCAGCAACCCGUCGGGGCCCGACGCGCGGGGACUGCUGACGCUGCGGCCCUUCCACACGCACAGCUGCUCGCGCUGCCCGGCCAACAUGUGCAAGCACAAGGUGCUCAGCGAAUACCUGCGUGAGCGGGCCCGCGACGGCGUGCACUUCGAGCGCCUCUUCUACGUGGGUGAUGGUGCAAAUGACUUUUGCCCCAUGGGGCUGCUGGCGGGCGGGGACGUGGCCUUCCCGCGCCGCGGCUACCCCAUGCACCGCCUCAUCCAGGAGGCACAGAAAGCUGAGCCCAGCUCCUUCCGCGCCCACGUGGUGCCCUGGGAAACAGCCGCCGAUGUGCGCCAACAUCUGCAACAGGUGCUGAAGAUGUGUUGAAGACCAUCGCCUGCCAGGGGUGCUCGGGACAACCGACGGAGGAGGGACGGGACUGGGGAUUGGUUAGGAUCACCUAGUUUUACUACCCUCCUCUUUCCUUUCGCUUUGCUAUGCUCCUCCGGGCAUAUCUGGAAUUCAGUCUGCUUGUGGGCUGGGAGCAGGGGUUCAGAGCCGUCCCUAUCUAUGCAGUUAACACAGCUCUGCUGCCUUCCCUCCAGGGAGGUGAGCACCCCUUGGAAGGCAGGCAGUGCCCCUCGAACUGAGAGGAACGGGUUCCUGGAAGUUGGGAGAAGGAACAUCUCCCACUUACUUUAGCUGCUGUACCGGCUGCAUAACCUCCUCUGCCCAGUCUUUCAAACGGACUCAGGAUCCCCCAAUCCGCAUGCCAGUACCAGAUUCCUCGCGGCAGACCUAUGAUGCUCUCAGAAGACAGCUCUAGGUCUUGAUCUUGCUUCAGCCAACGCAACCCUACACUACCGCUGCGCUGGCUGCGCCUUGCUUCCUUCCCCCUCUCCACCCCCACCCCACCCCCGCCCACCAGACACCCCCCACCCACCCAAAGGAAGAAAAAGUCAGAAGGAACUACCGCCUCCUGCUGGUAGAACGAGGUAGAAGAACCGACCACUGACCUCGGAGAGUGUGAAAAAUCCUAGCACUCCAGCAAGAGACCAGGGACUUCACCAAAGUCGUCCCCUCCCCCCCCGCACCCCUCCCCCCUUGCAUUCCCCUUUGCCCUUAUGGAACAGAAAGCCAUGUUUUUAAGCAGAGCCAGGGAAACCCAAGCCCUUCCCCUCUCUGGAGUUUCAGACCAAUAAAGGAGGUGAAGGGGGA